AUGGCUUCGACGCCAGCUUCUCGCUUCCAUCAGCAAACGUCUCAAGCAAGCCUCCACGGUCCGUCGACCGGCAUCUCGCCUCCCUCGUCCUCCAAUUCAGCUUUGCCUGGCUCAUCAACCUCACACCAGCAGCCGCAACGACAAGCUCACCUUCCAACUGCAGCACAACGUCGACGUGCCCGCGAGCUUGCCACCGUUCUCCUGACUCUCGCCACAUGCCAAGGCUGUCGUCGUCCAGUACAGGACCCCGUCACACUGCCUUGUGGCCAUUCAUCAUGUAUGCAGUGCAUCAAGGACCGCGUGCUGCCCAGAUCGAUCCCUCCCGAGGACCAAGUGCAGCCGCUUCCCUGUUUCAGUCACCUUCCGCCACGUCUUCCUUUGAGUCCCAUGACCGUGCCCUGCCCUGCGCAUGGCUGUCCUCGUUCCGCCAUAGGCCGCGGUAUCGGUGUUUGGGCCGGUCAUCUGCCUCGUUAUGGGCUCAUCCCCACGUACACGGAAAGGUUGCCUUUGGGCGCUCAAGAUGUCGGUCCUGGUGCCCCACCGGUCGAUGGUUUCGUCAUGGGCGUCGCAGACCAUCCACUCCGACUUACCGUCAUCGGUCCACAGACUCGGUCCAAAGCGCACCUCUUUGCGGUUCCUCCCCAAGGCGUCGAGCCUCUCAACACCUCCGCGUCUCACCAGACUGCCACCACCCUGCUCCCGUCUCUUGCAACCAGCAACAUGCUUCGCACCGAUGUUACUCUCAGCAAGGCCGUCGCCAUCCUCAUGCGAUACGCCUCGUCGCCACUGCCGCGUCCCCCCCGUCAGAGACGCAGUCUGCCAGCAUCGACCAGCCCCUCCCUCGCCAGUCCACGAUCGCGCCAUACUCGACCCGGUCGCACGGCGGGCGCAUCUCGCGACCAGUCCGCAUCAGUAGCCUCUUCUUCCACUUCUCGAGCUCGCGCAGUCGCGCGCAGCCGCAGGUCAACUUUGGGUAGAUCGACAGCCCGAGGCCAGGGUGCUUCUUCCUUGGUCACUCGUCGGUCUCAUCGUCCUGCCACCUCGCAUGCCGGCAUGGGUAUCUUUGGCCAGAAUGAAUCCGAACUUGAGAGUGGCACCGUAGGAGGCGUCCGUGCCACUGCCUCGGAUUCGGAAGACAACUUUGCGCACGAAAGCGAUCUUGACACCGGGCACGAGGCUGCACACGGUUCGGCCUAUCUGCGAGCUGUUCCAAGUCGUGGCUCCGCGCUCGGCGGUCGCGACGACGACAGGAACAUCUGGACUCUCCACGCUGCUACCGACGACGAGUUCAGUGAAGAGGAGAACAGCGAUCGCUUCUGGCCCGAUCGUGUCGGUGGAGCCUACUCCCGUCCGCCUCUUUCCAACAGCGCUGCUCGUAGGCGCGGCAAAGGACAAUUGAAGCGCCGUCGCGAGCGACGCAGCGACGGUAGCGUCUCCAGCCCCAAUUCACCCACGAAUUCUAGCGCGAAGCACGGCGACGGAAAAGCAGCAAAGACACAAGCGGUCACCGAGGAAGCAGCUGCAGCUCGCCGCUUGGACUCGGACUGGAGUACAGAAGAGUCGACUACCAGCGCUCGCUUGCAUCGCCACAACGGGCGCGAGGCGCUUGUCGACGCCGUCCGUCGUCGUCGCGCUGUGCAAGCUCAUAAAGCAACUGGCUCUGCAAGCGAUGCGGACACCGAUCUCGAUGUCCCCGCGAGCGAUGCCCACCUCCGAGCCGUAGAGGCCAAACACAGUCUCGCGCUCUCUUCCAAGGUGGGACCGAAUGGAGAGCCGCUCAUUCAAUCCGCGGCGACGCUCCACUCGGAGCUCGUCGAAGUGCUCGAGUGUCAACUCUGUUAUCUGCUGCUCUACGAUCCCCUCACCACGCCGUGCGGUCACACUUUCUGCAAGUCUUGCUUUGCUCGCAGUCUCGACCAUGGCGACCGAUGUCCCUUGUGCCGAGCCGACAUGCCCAACUUCUCCUUCUUCCAGGACCAUCGACCCAACACGGCGCUGCUCAAGAUCCUCACCUCCGAUACCGCCACCUUCUCUGACGAAGACGCAUUGGACUCGGACGCGACGCAGGAUGCCAAGGCACCGUCGACCAGUACGUAUGCAGGCCUUUCGAUUGCGUUGAGCUCCGAUGGAGGCAAGGUCAACGCUGCGAGCGGAGAACCACGCACCGGCUUCAUCGUCGACGACGAUCCAGAGUCUGCGCCGCACCACUACGGCUUCAAGCGUCUGUACGAGCAACGCAAAUCGGCCAUCGAGCAGGAAGAGCGCGAAGCCCGAUUGUCGACGCCCAUCUUUGUCUGCACGCUCGCCUUCCCAGGCAUGCCCACCAUCCUGCACAUUUUCGAGCCACGCUAUCGCCUCAUGGUGCGUCGCUGUCUCGAGAGCGGAAACCCACGUUUCGGCAUGGUUCUACCCUCUAGGAACAACGGCGGCACGGAGGAGUUUGGUACCAUGCUCGAGAUCAAGUCGGUACAGAUGCUUGCAGACGGACGCAGCAUGCUCGAGACGGUCGGCUCGUACCGCUUCCGCCUGCUCGAAAAGGGGUCGCUCGAUGGCUACACGGUCGGUCGUGUCGAGCGCGUCGACGACAUUUCGCUCGAGGAAGAAGCCGAGCUUGAAAGGGCGGUACUCUUGCGACGAACCGAGCUGGAACGCAAGAAAGCAGCUGAAGCAACUGUCGAGCGUCCGCGAGCCUGUCCUAUGGCGCCCUCGUCGUCGGCUCCUGCGCACGCACACGCCGAUCGACCAAGCGGAGACGGGCUUCCAGGCACCAUCGUCGCUCGACCCGAGAUGCCACGGGCGGAAAGCGACGCGCUGUCGAUUUACCGUUCCAGCCAUUCGCCUGUUCUUGAGCCCCGUCAGCACCAGCCCGCACCGGAAGCCCAGCCCGUUCAAGCCAGUGGAGAAGUGGUGGCUUCACGCAGCCCGACUGAUUUGACGGCCACGGCCGACGAGCGAGGAUCAGGCCAUGAAGACGAAGGAGAGGAGGGUCUUUUGCCCUUCAAACCUGUCCCUGCCGAACCCUCAAUUGAGGAGCUGGUUGACAUUUGCACUUCGUUCAUCGAGACGCUGCGUUCCGGCUCUGCACCAUGGCUUCUGUCGCGACUCAACCACACGUAUGGUCCCAUGCCCAGCGCUGACGAAGUGGAACGGCUCGGAUACUGGAUGGCGCUGGUGAUGCCCAUCGACGAGCACGAGAAGGCGAAAUUGCUUCCGAUCCGCAGUCGACGUCUGCGACUGUGCCUUGUGGUGCACUGGAUCGAGCAACUCCGACAGAGUUGGUGGUUCAACAGCGGAUGCACCGUCUCGUAG